GUACUGCGCAUGCUCGAGUCCGCUCGGCACUUCCUGCAUGUAGAGGUUGUACGGUUGUACAUUGACAGUGGAAAGUAACUGGAAAAAAUAGAGAUUUGUGCCAUACGACCUUAAAUGAGGAGCGACUUUGUCCUGUCUGCAUGUAAAGAUGGCACCGAGCAGGAAUGGCUGCUGAUGUAGGAGUGAAAAGUCAGCUGCUGGAUAAUGAGCUGAAGACAGUUAGCCUCCGAAAUGACACCUUCGCUUCAGCGUCUGAAACUCCCUCAACCAGCCUCAAAGACAACAACACACCUAUUCAAAAGCACCCCUCUAGCUGUGACAUCCAGCUGGAGACAGAUGGAGACAUAAAUAACCACAGUUGCAAGGACAUGGAUGAUUCAUGCCACAAUUUCACAAUGCCCCCUGGCUGGGUCAGAGAAGUGAGGCAGAGGAAAACGGGCAAGACAGCAGGCAAACUGGACGUCUACAUUAUAAGUCCCCAAGGUUUGAAGUUCCGGUCAAAAGCAUCCCUUCAAGCUUUCCUGCUUAAAACUGGAGAGUGUAACUUGGACAUAAACCUUUUUGAAUUCACUGCAACAAAAGGUGAUGAUGUAAACACUGGCUCCCAGGUGAAACCAAGGAGAAGAAAGAAAAAACCUACAGAUGAACAGCAGAAGGAUACAGAAGAUGCAACGGAGAUGCCAGGUCAACCUCUAAAUAAACCCAAAAGAGCCAUCCCCAAAAGGAACAAAAAAGAAGUAAACAAUCAGAUUAACCCUGAUAUUGAGAUCUCUCCAUAUAUUUACAAAACUGAGGACAUGAAGUGCUCCAUAUCCUCUGUAAACUUUGAAUGUAAACUACAGAGAAGCCCUCAGAAGGCAGGUUUGCUGAGGGAGAAGCUGCUAAGAUUGGCUCCUUCUACUAACAAAAGCAACACUUUUAUUCUUCACAAUGAUGGACAGACAGAUUCUCAGCUUCCAGUCCCAGUCCUAAAUUUUGAGGCUGCCACUGAGAGCGAGAACAAGGUUGAUGAUGAACGAGGAGAAGAAGGGAUACAGAUUCACAGUAAAGGUGACAAAAAGCCUAAUCCUGAACUGAAAGGUGAUGCUGACAGUCUCGGGGAUGUGCAAGAGGAGGUGUUGUUACCUGACAUCGCUGCUGAGAGCUUCACACCAGUGAGAGAUUCCCAGAAUAAGUCCAAGUGUGUGGAAGGCAAACGGAAAACCAGCCCUUAUUUCAGCCAAAAGAAUCCCCUCAGAGACCUCAGCCCACCCAGAAGGAAGGCCUUUAAAAAAUGGACCCCCCCUCGCUCCCCCUAUAACCUUGUACAGGAAACUCUUUUCCAUGACCCCUGGAAGCUCCUGGUGGCCACUAUUUUUCUGAACAAGACCAGUGGAAAAAUGGCUAUCCCAGUGCUGUGGCAGUUCUUUGAGCGUUACCCCUCGGCAGAAGUGACCCGGGAAGCUGACUGGAAGCCAAUGUCUGAGCUCAUGAAACCUCUAGGCUUGUAUGAACUGAGAGCCAAAACCCUCAUCCGCUUCUCAGAUGAAUUUUUAAAUACACAGUGGCGUUACCCCAUCCAGCUGCACGGUAUUGGGAAGUACGGCAAUGACUCCUACAGGAUCUUCUGUGUGGAAGAAUGGAGACAGGUGACACCUGAAGACCACAAGUUAAACAAAUACCAUGCCUGGCUGUGGGAGAACCAUGAAGCACUCUCUAUAUAAAACACAAAGCAUGAAGAUCCACAGGCGACUACUGGAAAAUCAGUGUACUAUUUUACAGAAGAGUAUUAUGAUGAAGUUUCUCUCUUUAUCCUGCUUUGUUUAGAAUAAUGCAUCAAUAUUUC